AUCAAGUUCGAUUUGAAUUUUAAGCUUCUACAGAGAACGUUUUCAAUGCAUAAACCCAACCCAAAGCAGUCCACUUUCAUCGCUUUAUGAAAUUGACAAUAUGGUGAUAAAUAUGAAUGUUUUGCUUAGAGUUUCUUAAACUAGCUCACCAAAGAAAAGCAGUUGUUUUCAUCAAGUUUCCAUUCAACAAGAGGAAGGACGACAAUCUGAUGGCGGCUCUGUGUGAGAACAUGCUGACAGUCAGCAUGUUACUGAGUGUCUUCUUCGGUCCAGGUGAUUUGGCUGGUUGUCCCAAUCCAGAUCUCAUUGCCAACAUGUCUGGACAGAUCGAAGCUCUCAGUGGAUCUUGUUUGCAAAUCCCAUGCAGCUUCAGUUCAACACAUUAUACAUAUAACAACAAUGGACCCAUCAAUGGAGUUUGGUUCAGAGCUACUACAAAGUUGAAUCAGGAUCCAGAAGCUGUUAUUUUCAACAGCAGUGGGUCAGUUAACAAAUAUUCACUGAAGAUGACUGGAAACCUGAGUGAGGGAGACUGCACCACUCUGUUUCCUGAUUUAGAGACCAGUUAUACAGACACAUACUACCUACGUAUUGAGAAGGGAAUCUUUAGGGCAACAGCUGAAUGUCAUCCUCUUGAUAUAAGAGUUAAGGAUUCUCCCUGGAGUCCCAGCAUUAAUGUGACCUCUGACCUGAAGGAGCAUCAGUCGAUCACUGUAACCUGCUCAGCUUUCACUCCCUGUCCAAACUCACCUCCUGAACUCACCUGGAAUCUCCAACAAGACUCUCUCAGACACACAGAGAAAAACACAGAUGGAACCUUUACAACUAAAAUCCAGGAGAUCAUCACUCUGUCAGACACACAUGAUGGAUACAACAUCAGAUGUUCUGCCAGAUAUCCUGUGAUUGGAGGAAUCAAGACAGCAGAGACAGAAGUGACUCUCAGUGUUUCAUAUGCUCCUAAAGACACCUCAGCAUCCAUCAGUCCAUCAGGUUUGGUGUCAGCAGGUAGCUGGGUGGAGCUGAGCUGCUCCAGCAGAGCCAAACCUCCACCCACAUUCACCUGGUUCAGGAUCAGUGAACAUGGAGACAUUAAUGUGUCUGUGGGGCAGAUUUAUGGCUUCAAUGUUUCUGAGGGAGAAGAGUAUUACUGUGUGGCCACAAAUGAUCUGGGGAAUCAAACAUCAUCAAAAAUCUCUGUGAAUAUGAUCAAUGAACAGCUGGGUCCAACAGCUACAGUUCUUCGCUGGCUGCCCGUUGUGGCCGGAUGUAUUUGUUUCUUGUGUCUUGUGGCCUUUGUUGCUUGGUUGUUCAAGUUCAGACGUUCAACUCCUCAACAGACUCAGCAGAGAAAUGAGGAUCCUACGUUUCCAAUAAGAGUUGAAAAGACAGAGGAAGAACUUCAUUAUGCAGAGCUGAACUUCCUCCCAGCUUCCUGCUUCCUCCCAGCUUCCUCCGCCUCAGAUCAGGACGGAGAGCAGCAGGAGAUGGUGUACGCGGAGGUGAAAGUGUCUGCUGACAGUCCGGAGGGUCUCUAUGCUGAAGUGAACAAGAAAAGAACAUAAUUUGAUUCUGAGCUUUAUUUUUUUAUUUUUUUUAU